AUGCGCGCCUCAACAUUUCUCACGGCCCUCUGCCUUCUCGGCAGUGGUGUCGCCUCGCGUGUUGGCCGAAGAGACAACUCCACGACAACGGACACGGUGAUUCCCAACCGCUUCAUCCUGCAACUAGCAGAUGCUGCGGAUGUUGCGACGGUAGCUGCAGCCAUUAAUGCGCGACCCGGCGCCCGAGUUGUCAAGGAGUUCAACAGCCCCGUUUUCAAGGCCGUCAGCAUUGAGUCCAAUACUGAGACCACCGACUCCCUCUCCAAGAUCACCGACGUCGACUCAGUGUGGCCAUCUCGCAUGAUCAAGCUCGAUCCUUCGCCCAAAGGCUCGCUUGGCAAAAGAGAUGCUGCAGCAGUCCCGUUCCGCGAGAUUCACAAGUCCACCGGCGUCUAUAGACUACAUGAGGCUGGGAUCUUGGGAGAGGGCGCGAAAGUGGCUGUCGUUGAUACUGGAAUCUACUACGAUCAUCCCGCUCUUGGUGGUGGGUUCGGCCCUGGCUUCAAGGUUGAGGGUGGCCGCGAUCUAGUUGGCGAUGGAUCCUGGCCGAAUGAACCUAAGAACCCCGAUGACGACAUUGAAGAUUUCCAGGGACAUGGAACUCACGUCGCUGGCAUUGUGGCCGGUGAAACAGAAGAGUUCAAGGGAGUUGCCCCCAAAGCCAAGAUUUACGGUUACAAGGUCAUGGGUGCUCGAGACUACACCGAUGACGAGACUCUCAUUGAAGCUUUCCUUGCCGCAUACGACGACGAUGUUGAUGUCAUCACGGCCAGCAUCGGCGGUCCCGAUGGAUGGCCCGACAGCGCCUGGCAACGGGUGUGCGACCGUAUCGCAGCUACUGGAAUCGUCAUCACCAUUGCAGCCGGCAACUCGGGUUGGGAGGGCGCUUAUCACGGCAGCUCCGGUUCUUCAGCCAAGGGAGUUAUCGCAGUCGCAUCCACAGAAGCGUCCGUCAUUGCGGGAAAACCCUUCAACGCGACCUUCACCGAUGCUUCCGGCGUCUCCAAAACCUUCACUAUUGGCUACAUGGCCGACGAAGCGUUCCCUGAGACCCUCAACGUGCCGAUCGUUCCGCUCACCUUGGACACCACUUCUGAGAUCGCGCGCGGAUGCCAGUCAUUCCCUGCCGGAACUCCCUCUUUCACCAACAAGAUUAUCUUGCUCCGCGCUGGAGGUUGUCAGAACUUGGUGAAGCAGGCCAACGCGAGAGCCGUCGGUGCCCAGUACGUCCUCACCUACAACGACGAGUCCGUCAUCGGGGUCCCCUUUAACUACGAGAGCGCGACCAUCGGCACCGUAUCUGGCGACGCAGGUCAUGAGAUCAUCAACGUCAUCAAGAACGGCGGUAAGGUCACGGGCGACUUCUCCCUCGACCACUCCAAGCCCAUCGGUAUCCUCAACCCGUACGGCAACCUCGCAAACGACUUCACCAGCAUCGGCGCCCUCAACGACCUCUCCCUGAAGCCCGAUAUCGCAGGGCCUGGCGGCGACGUCUUCAGCUCCUAUCUCUCCCCGCCGACAUGGGCUAUCCUCAGCGGCACGUCGAUGGCGACGCCGUAUCUGGCUGGUGUCGCUGCCCUCUACAUCGGCAAGUUCGGAGGCAAGAAGGUCCAUGGUGCCAAGUUCAGCGAGCAGCUCAUGAUGCGCAUCAUCUCCAGCGGUGAGCCGGUACAGUGGUCCAACGAUAUCAACGUCGUAGACGGCUUCACUGCCUCGGUGGCCCAGGUCGGCACCGGCCUUGUCAACGCUUCCAAGGUUCUUGACUACACCACCCAGCUGUCGCUCGAGCGCUUCGCCCUCAACGACACGGCCAACUUCAUCGAGAGGCACACUGUCGAGAUCACCAACAAUGCCGUGCAGGCGGUCACGUACACCUUUGCCGUAGAGGAGGCCGGGGGCUUUGACACCCUUGACGCUUCCGACCCGACCAAGAUCGCCAAGUAUCCCCUUACGCCCCAGAAGAUGGUGCCGGAAGUAACUCUACCUCAAGAGGGGUUCAGUGUUGGACCGGGUGAGACGAAGACCGCGGAGUUCAUCUUCAAAGCUCCAGGUGGACUCAACGCUGCCCUGCUACCCACUUACAGCGGAAACAUUGCCAUCAAGAGCAGUGUCGGCGAACACCUUGCCAUUCCUUACCUAGGACUAGCCGCCGAUCUCCAGAAGGAAAUGCAUGAGACCUUCGAAAAGGGGUCUCCUACAGGAACCAAAGGCCCUGAUGGUAACACGGCGCUGGACGGCAGCAAGCCGGUUUCCUUCACGUUCGACCUGUCCACCGCAGCCCAAGACUUCCCCCGCAUCGCGUAUGAGAUGUUGUGGGGAACCAAGACCCUUCGAUGGGAUAUCUUUGAAGCUGGAUGGGACGAGAGCCGCUGGACAUCGUACCCGCCCGUAGUCGGAGAGAACGGCUACGUUGGAACUGCGGCGGGCUACCGUGGCUCGCCGAGCCAGGCCAACUUCGAUCCAGCAAGGGAUGCCAAGAACUGGACGGUUGCGUUCCCGUUGGUAAACAUCUUCCGGACAUCGAUCGAGACAGCGAGGCACCGUGUUUGGUGGCUCGGAGGGCUCGGAGAUGGGACCGACAUCAAACCUGGCAAUUACACGAUGCGUUUUGCGGCGCUCAACCCCCUCGGUGAUCCCGCCAAGGCUGAUCAUUGGGAUGUGAGCCAUGCUGAACAGGUUGCACAGAUCAAGUACAAGACGCUAUCAUGGCAUCUUGUCGCCGUCCUCAUGAUCGCCGAGAUUGUGAGCAACGGCAUGCUCUCCCUCCCCUCCUCUCUCGCCGUCGUCGGAAUCGUCCCAGGCGUAGUCCUCAUCGUCUUCCUCGGCGUCUUCGCGACCUACACCUCCUGGCUCCUCGUCCAGUUCAAGCUCCGCCACCCGGAGAUCCACUCCAUGGGCGACGCCGGGCAGGUCCUCUUCGGCCGACCGGGCCGCGAGCUCCUCGCCUUCGGCACCGUCGUCUUUGCCAUCUUCGCGACCGGCGGCCAGCUCCUCGCCGGCCAGAUCGCCCUCGCGACCCUCAGCGACAACAAGCUCUGCCUGAUGCUAUACACGGGCAUCUUCGCCAUCCCGACCUUCAUCUUCAGCUUCCCGCGGACGAUGGACCAGCUGUCGUGGCUGUGCAUACCCUCAGUCAUUUCCAUCCUCGUCGCCGGGGUCGUGGGCAUGGUCGGAGCCGGGCUGCACCCCGCGGCCGACCGGCAGGUCAGCGUCGCGGUCGCGUCGGACUUCUACACGGCCUUCAUCGCCAUCACGAACCCCGUGUUCGCAUACGCGGGGCACUUCAUGUUCUUCAUCCUCAUGUCAGAGAUGCGGCGCCCCCAGGACGCGAUGAAGGCGGCCUACGUGCUGCAGGGCUUCGCGACGACCUUCUACGCCGUGUUCGCGGUCGUGUGCUACGUCUACCUUGGCGAUGGCGUCGCGUCGCCGGCGUUCAGCAGCCUGGAGCCCAAGUGGGCGAAGGCGGCGUACGGCAUCGCGAUCCCGAACUUCCUGCUGGCCGGGUCGCUGUAUGCGCACACGGCGGCCAAGUUGAUCUUUGUGAGGAUCUUCCGCAAGAGCCGUCACCUGCACAGUCAUACGUGGGCGGGAUGGGGAACGUGGACGGUGCUAAUACUGCUGUCGAACGCGGCGUCGUUUGUGCUGGCUGUGGGAGUGCCGAUUUUCAAUUACUUGAUUGGCAUCGCGGCAAGCUUGUUCGCGGCGUGGUACACGUAUGGAAUCGCGGGCGCGUUCUGGUUGCACGAUAACUAUCACGACUUUGACGGGUGGAGGCAGUGGGCGCGGAAAUGGUUCCAGACACUGGUGGCGGUGUUAACCUUUGCUGCGGGAGGGUUCAUCUGCGUGGCGGGGACGUAUGUGACGGUCAAGGGCAUUGCGGAGGCUUAUUCAUCUGGUGAAGUUGGCGAGCCAUUCAGUUGUUAG